AUGAGUAGUCAGGAACUGGUCACUUUGAACGUAGGAGGAAAGCCAUUCACAACACGGCUUUCCACCAUACGACAAUUUCCCAGGUCUCGGCUGGCACGCAUGUUGGACGGUCGGGACCAAGAAUUCAAGCCUGUGAAUGGCCAAAUUUUUGUGGACAGAGAUGGGUCCUUGUUCAGUUACAUACUGGAUUUCCUGAGAACUCAACUGCUUUCCUUGCCCACUGACUUUUCAGAUUAUCCAAGGCUACGAAGGGAGGCCAGUUUCUAUGAACUUGAUUACCUGGUUGAGCUUCUUGAUCAAGAAUUGCUAAAACCUAAGCCAGAAAUUUUAGAGGUGCGUUUUAUGUGCCAGGACACUCGAGCCUUUUUCCGGGUCUUUGGCUCCUCUAGCAGCACCAUCGAGACACUAGCUGGGCGGAUUACAGUGUUUCUAGAGCAGUCCUCUACUCAGACCUGGAGCUGUAGCUCUUCUGCUCAGAUGACCUUGCCUCCAUUCCCACCACAAAGACCUUCAUACCAUGACCUGGUUUUCCAGUGUGGCUCUGAUAAUACGACUGGGAACCAGGCCGAGGCUAGGUAUGUUUCUAUAAAGCCUGAUAACCGAAAACUGGCCAAUGGAACUAAUGUACUAGGACUACUUGUGGACACUUUGCUAAAAGAGGGCUUCCACCUGGUGAGCACCCGGACUGUGUCCUCUGAAGACAAUGUCGAAUGCUACUGCUUUGAAAGGAUGAAUAGGCCUGAAGACUUAACUGUGAGCGAAAGAAGGAAAUCAGAGCUUACUGCCGUAGCCCAGCUGAUGCCAGUACAGUCUCCGAAGAAGAAAUGAAGUUCCUAGUCCUCAUUUAGACAACAAAGAGUCAUUUCCUUUUAAAAGGGCAACAUUUCAAAGGGGAAAAAUAUACAUAUGUAUACAUAUACAUAUACAUACACAUACACACAAUCAUGCUUCAGGUAGGGCAUGCUGACAUGCCCUUAAUUCUGGGAUAAAAAGUAGCAUGUCAGGUCCCCCCUGCAAUCAUUUUACAAGUAGUGUGAAGUGCCUCUGAGCAAGAAUGUACAGAACAAAGUAUGUUACAUUGCUUUAGGAAUCAGAACUUGAAUACAUUAAAGGGCAAAGAGGUAGAGAUGGA